AUGGCUCGUACAAAGCAGACUGCCCGCAAAUCAACCGGUGGUAAAGCACCCAGGAAGCAACUGGCUACAAAAGCCGAUCGCUACUGUGCGCCCUCUACUGGAGGGGUGAAGAAACCUCAUCGUUACAGCCCUGGUACUGUGGCGCUCCGUGAAAUCAGACGUUAUCAGAAGUCCACUGAACUUCUGAUUCCCAAACUUCCCUUCCAGCGUCUGGUGCGAGAAAUUGCUCAGGACUUUAAAACAGAUCUGCGCUUCCAGAGCGCAGCUAUCGGUCCUUUGCAGGAGGCAAGUGAGGCCUAUCUGGUUGGCCUUUUUGAAGACACCAACCUGUGUGCUAUCCAUGCCAAACGUGUAACAAUUAUGCCAAAAGACAUCCAGCUAGCACGCCGCAUACGUGGAGAAAGUGCUUAAGAAUCCACUAUGAUAGGAAACAUUUCAUUCUCAAAAAAAAAAAAAAAAAUUGCUCUUCUUCCUGUUAUUGGUAGUUCUGAACGUUAGAUUUUUUUUUUCCAUGGGGUCAAAAGGUACCUAAGUAUAUGAUUGCGAGUGGAAAAAUCGGGGACAGAAAUCAGGUAUUGGCAGUUUUUCCAUUUUCAUUUGUGUGUGAAUUUUUAAUAUAAAUGCAGAGGCGUAAAGCAUUAAUGCAAGUUAAAAUGUUUCAGUGAACAAGUUUCAGCGGUUCAACUUUAUAAUAAUUAUAAAU